AUGUCAGCCAACAGGAGGCUGAUGAAGAAGCUUGAGGAGGUCUCAAAAUGUGAAAUGGAAAACUCUGCAGUCGUAGAGACCAGUGUGUUUUCUGCUCUCUGGUUGUUUAGUGAGCUUUUAUGUUCUUUGUUUUUCCAGAGACAGAACCUUGUCUGUUUCCUCAGAAACCCACACUAUGGCAGCCUUAUUUAUGCUGAUGGUCAUGGCGAAGUGUGGACAGACUGGAAUAACAUGUCCAAGUUUUUUCAGUACGGGUGGAGAUGCAGCACUAAUGAGAACUCCUAUUCGAAUUGUACUUUGAUAGGCAACUGGAACCAGGAGAGAUACGACCUAAAGAAUAUUGUAAAACCUAAACCCUUGCCUUCCCAGUUUGGACACUACUUUGAAUCAACAUAUAAUGCAAGCUACAACAGCAAAAAGCCACAGUCAGCUCAUAGAUUUAAGCGAGAGCCUCAUUGGUUCCCUGGCCAUCAGCCUGAGCUGGAUCCUCCUCACUUCAAGUGCACAGAAAAGUCAACUUUUAUGAAUAGCUACUCAAAGCCUCAACCCAGCCAUUACUCUUGGUGCUUGUGUGAUCCAAACAUGGAGCAAGCUUCGGAUGCAGGAAUCUGA